AUGUGGAAGAAGCCCGAAAAACCAAAGCCGACCUCCACACUAAGGUCACAUGAACCAAUAGAGUGUUGUGAAUUGAAAGAUAUCAGCCGAUGUGGGAUAUGCGAGGACCUUAAUGCGACAACACGAAAUGCUAUAUUAAACCUCAUCAAGCAAGUAGAACGACAAAAGAAGCUCCAUUUUAACAAGACAGAGCUGAGUAUUUUGCUGCACAUGUGUGUGGAGAUCACUGGGCGUGAAGUUCGUGAUAUGACCGUGGAUGAAUUGAAGACAUUUCUCUACGGAACCCUCGACAUUACAAAUCCGUUCAGUUUGGAUGGACUAUGCCGUGCUUCAAUGCAAAGCACCAAACACAGCGCAACCAAGAAGACAGUCAGUCCCAUCGAUUUUGUGUGCCUGAUGUCGGUGCUCUUACGUGGCACUAUAGGGGAACGUGCCGAGGUGGCGUUCCGCAUUAUGGAUCUUGAUUCGGACGGAUUGAUCAGGCGAAACGUCGAAGUUAGGCGGCUGCUUCAUGAUUCAUUUGAUGUGUCGGUGGCAGCGCAGAAUCCAGAGAUCGAUCCAGACGAGCCGGUACGGGACACAAUAAACUAUUUGUGCGAAAAGUUGCAGUGCACCCUUACGCAACCAAUCUCACUUGACCGUUUCAAAACUCUUGCUUACGAGGAACCCUGGAUAGUCGAAUGUUUGCUUCCUUGUAUACCUUCCGAGAUGACAAAUCUCGUGUUCCAAACACUUAUUAGUACACAUGUUCGUUUGCCAUCUCUCGAAAAUCCACCAAAAAUCGCCAGACAGUGA